AUGAUUACGAAGACAUCGGCUUCCCACGAAUUGCUUUGUAAUUCCCUCUCGUUCUGGUCCAACUUCGACGUCCCCAUCGACCGUUUCAUUAUGAUCAUCGGGUCUCAUCAGCAUCGAUGCCUAAUGCAGAACACCUCCUCCUCCUCCUGCCUAGCCGCAGGUGCUCUCAUCCUUCCGAGGCGGAAAACGAACAAUGGUAGGGCACAGCUUUUCGGGGAUUCCUCGUCGUCAACACAACGUACGGGGAACGAUGCCCGUCGCUCGCCCACUUCGUACUCUACUCGCACACCGCUGUCCGGCUCGGGCGAGCUGAACGAACGGGCAACGGAACGGGCAACGAAACGGGCAACGGCAAACGGCAAACGGGAACGGCAAACGGCAAACGGCACGAGCUUGCUUACCUUAGGAGAGGAGUCGUUCACCACCUUGGCAUCUGAUAUCGGCUUACCCGUCGUCCCCCUGCAAAUCCUUUACUCGAUCCAGCUAUCGCAAACCUCACCCACCCACCCGCAGUUGCCAAGUGGCAAUCUGGGAAUCUCCACCGGAUUGGACAAACACCCGCCCCGCUCGUCCCUGUCCUCGCCCGUUGGCUGCUGGCUUGCUCGACAACGCUGCCCUGACUUUGAAAUGGCUGGGAUAGCUGACGAACGGGCCUUUGGGAUCGACCUUGGUCUUCAAAUGAACAUCGAACCGUCUGAACAAAAACCCGACCGUUCCGUUUCAUCGCCCAUAUUCUCGACGAAACAAAAAUUCUAUUUCGUGGUCCCGACUCGGGAGGCCAUGGCUCCUGGCGGCAAACCCGAAGGUGAAGACGCCGGUACCUUCUUUUCCAUGGCACCUUCGACCAUGAACAUGCACAUGGUUCGAGUCGCGCCAGCGACCAAGCAACCUCACCAGGCCCUCAAUCCGGCAUCGCAGGGCUUGGCGCCGGCGCAAGCCCCUCAGGGGACGCCGCAGAUGCAGCUGGGGAUUCCCCAGAUGCCCCAGGGAGCCGCUGCUCCGCCAUGGGCCAAAAUCUCUCCGGCCAUCGUCGCUAAUAUGGACUGGACUUUGUACGAUUAUCAUCCCGCCGACGAUGGAGGUUUUUGGAAACUCCAACCUGGAUAUGCUCCUUCCGAUCAACUCCCCGACAUAAUACCACUCGCCCUCACCAAUCGCUCCCCAAUCCAGCAGCCCAAAGAUGUCGAAUGGACAUGUCUCAGCCCAGGCUGUCCGUCCAAGCCUUUUAAGCGGAAGAUGGAUCUCGACCGUCAUUAUAAAGAAGGCCACGCCGAUGGCUUCCCUAUCUCUCCCGUCUCCUCCGUCUCGUUUGCUACUCCGUCCUUUGAUCCUCAGAUAGCCAUGUUGAACCCGGGAGCGGCGGCACCACCUGGGAACGGGAGCGCGGGUCCUGGUGUGAUGGCACCCGCACCAGCACCGGCAACGGCGCUAGGACCAGGACUAGGACCAGGACUAGGACCGGGACCAGGACCAGGACCAGCACCCGCGAUGGCUACCGCUACCGCUACCGCAAUCGCACCCGCCGCCGCCCCUCCCCCGGCAGGGCCCGGAUCGGCAACUACAUCGUCUCCGACAGCAGCCGGCGGCAAGGAGGGGAAAGAAAAAGAAGGCGUGUUCUACUGCGACUAUGCGGCCUGUCCCCGGCGAACGGAUGGGUUCAACCGCAAAGACCGGUUCCGGCUUCACCUGCAAGAGACGCACAAGGAGGACGUCAACAAGAAGGGCGGGAAGAUGGAAGACUCGUGGCUCGACAGUCGGAAGAUGUCCAACAAGUGGUGGCGGUGUACCAAAUGCCUGGAGCGGGUUAAGAUUGAGGAGCACGGUUGGGAGUGUCCCAGGGACCAAGUCAAGUGCGAGAAGAGGCGCCGGGAGUAUCGAGAGAAGAUGUAGUAGAACGGGAACCUUUUUUUUUUUUUU